GAUAAGGCAAAGUUUGACUCUUUUUUUUUUUUGCGGGGGACAUUGACUUUGACUCUGACCGCCGUGUAAUGUGGUGGUGUAUAAAUUCGAUCAGAUCCAGCCCUGCAACUGUAAUUCGCACUCGACAGUUCACAGCUGAUAGCAGAGCACGAGAAGAAUGGCGGACUUGUAUGAGAAGCCAUCGGAGACAUACGCCAAGAAACGGCCGCGGUACCCCAAGGAGUGGUUCUCUAUGCUCGCCUCCCUCACCGCCGGCCACCACCGCGCCUGGGACGCCGGCUGCGGCAGCGGCCAGGCCUCCGUCAGCAUCGCGGAGCACUACGACAGCGUGGUCGCCACAGACGUGAGCGAGGCGCAGCUCCGGCACGGCAUCGCGCACCCGAGGGUGCGGUACCUGCACACCCCGGAGGGCCUCACGGAGGACGGCCUCGUGGCCCUCGUCGGCGGGGAACGCUCGCUUGACCUGGUGAUCGUGGCGACCGCGAUCCACUGGUUCGACGUCCCGCUCUUCUACGCCGUGGUGAGCCGCGCGCUCAAGAAGCCCGGGGGAGUCCUCGCCGUGUGGGGCUACAACUACGACAUCCGCCCGUUCGAGGACAAGCUGCAGGGGCGGCUGUACGCGGCGGCGCGGGCGUACAUGGACCCGAGGACGAGGCUGGCCAUGGAGCGCUACCGCGGGCUGCCGUUCCCGUUCGAGCCCGUCGGGGUGGGCCGCGAGGGCGAGCCCGCCGACGUCGACAUGGAGGUGGAGAUGACGCUGGACGACCUGGCCGGGUUCGUGAUGACCGGAUCCGUCGCGACGACGGCGAGGGAGCAGGGGGUGGACCUGGAGGCGCUGGUGAAGGGGGUGAUGAAGGAGGUGGAAGAGGAGUGGGGGGAUCAACCGACGGUGCCGAGGAAGCUUGUGUUCAAGGCCUUCAUGCUGGCUGGGAAGCUCAAGUGAUAAACUGAACUGAACUGAACUGCUUGUUGGAGAAUUGUGCUUGGCGCUUUCUAUGUGCUUAUUGGUCAGAAUAAAAUUUUGCAACAAGGUUUUUCAAAGUCA